AUGACAGUCAAACGGGGAGUGCAUCCACCUGACCCCACUCAAGGGGCUGAGCUGCAGGCUGUCACUGCCUGCUCUCCGCUGACCUCCCUUCUUGGAGCCACGGAGAAAAACGAGUCCCUGCAGGUAAAGCAGGAUCCUCCCCAGAUCCAGGCCUGGCCAGGGGACUCGGUGGAGCUGCCCUGCCAGAUCCUCACGGCGAAGCCCUGGGCUCGGCUCCGAGUUGAGUGGCAGCAGGACAAUGACUUGAAGACUCUCUGUUGGGUGCUGCUGUACAACGGCAGCGCCUCCAAUUGCUGCAGGGGUCCGGGGGGCUGUGACUCCCGCUUCGGCUUCACGUGGCACCCCCCGACAUUCACCCUGUGGAUGGGCAACGCCAGCGCUGGCGACGCGGGGCGGUACGUGUGCCUGGUCACGCUGGAGAUCCCGGAGAUUCUGAAGGCCGAGGGCAACGGGACCAUACUGAAUAUCUCAGUGGCAGGAGAAGCUGGUGCUCUGAGGAAUCUCAUCGGAGAUCCAGUGUUCUGGCUGGGACUGGCUGGCGGCCUGACCGUAGUUGGGCUGCUGCCUGCUGUGAUCUGCUGUUACAAACACAAGUGCAGAAAUCCAGGGCAGCAAAUCUACGUGAACGUACUGUACCGCCAAAAGCAAGCAGAGAAGAAAGCUGGUGACCAAGCCCAAAGCAAGAUGAAGCAGAGCAGCAUCUACACCCUGGAGUUCCAGGGUGGGGGUCACAGCCACAAGCCUCCAGUUGCGGGACGGAGCCCUAUUCCCACGAAAGCUCCCAAGCAAGCUUCCUCCUUCCAGCAAAGGGCAACAAAAAGGCCAUGAAGAGCUGCACAGAGCUGCCCUCUCUGCUUCUGUGAUCCCCUCUCCACGCGGAUCUUGGACCUGCCUCUCACUUGGGUUAAUGCUGCCCCCGUGCUCCGGGAGAGAUCCAAGUGGAGGGACUGAGAGGCACUGGGAAGCCAAGAGGUGGAAUUGCAAAGAGGAAAGUGUUUGGUUUGUUUGCUAUGGCCGGGGGAAGAGCAAGUGCAGAGUUGGGGGAGAGGCCAGGAAGGGGAGAGCAUUGAAUUCAAAUCCUCGUCUCCAAAAUAUACAUCUGGGCCUCGGAGCCUUAAAACCCCACCUCUCCUCUGUCAAGGGA